UGGAGUGCAAGCUGUGAUGCUUCAUACUUGGUCGAUAUUUCUCGAUCGUGAAACAAGAAAUUUUUCAUGUACAUUGAAGUAAUGGUCACGUACCUUGGGGACUCGCCUCACCUUUCCCUUCCCAGCAGCCUUAUCCCUUUAAUUAAUGUGGUGGAUCGAUGUUGCUUGAGGUGUAUUUGCUUCCCCAUUGAAUCGGUUCCAGGUGAAUAAACAGGGCUCUUGGUUAUCAUCACUCCGCCCAUCCUCGAUAAAAAGACAGCAUGAACACAGAAAAGGGGUCAGUAUAUGCCCUGCUUCUUCUUUUUCUACUUCAGGGAAGUACUGGCUUGGACAUCCUAAGCCAAAACAAUACUAUCAGAGAUGGCAAUCUCUUGGUCUCCAGCGGUAAAAAGUUCGCUCUCGGUUUCUUCAGCCCAGGUAAUUCUAGCCACCGUUAUGUCGGAAUUUGGUAUUACCAAGUUUCUGAGCAAACCGUUGUUUGGGUUGCUAACCGAGAGAGGCCAAUCAAUGGCACUUCAGGAGCUCUUUCGAUUGAUUCUGAUGGAAAUUUGGUGCUCCAUGAGACAAAUGGAAGCUUUCUUGUUUGGUCCACAAAUGUUUCUUAUGCAUUGUCCAAUUAUUCUACUACAGCCCGGCUUAUGGAUUCAGGCAAUCUAGUCCUGGUUCAAGAUUUUAGCGAAAGGAUGAUAUGGCAAAGCUUUGAUUAUCCAACAGACACUAUGCUUCCUUUCAUGAAACUCGGGUUGAACCGCAAAACCGGUUUGAACCGGUUCCUAACAUCUUGGAAGUCCCCAGAGGAUCCGACACCUGGCAAUUGCUCCUAUAGGAUCGACCCAACGGGCUACCCUCAAUUGCUUCUGUACAAGGACGGGGAUCCAUAUUGGCGUGCCGGGUCAUGGACUGGAGAUCGGUGGAGCGGUGUACCUGAAAUCACUCGUGCUUACAUCUUUAACAUAAGCUUUGUAAAUGACCCAGACGAGGUUUCUAUAAUGUAUGGCGUCAUUGAUGCAUCGAUCAUCACCAGAAUGGUGGUGAGCGAAUCGGGGUCAGUCCGACGAUCCACAUGGCACGACGGAGACCGCCGGUGGAUAGAAUACUGGUUCGCUCCAAAGGACCAGUGCGAUUUUUACGGCAAUUGUGGACCCAACAGCAACUGCAAUCCAUAUGAUGCGGGCCAGUUCGAGUGCACAUACCUGCCAGGGCUCGAGCCCAAGUCGCCGGGCGAUUGGAACCUUGGAGAUGGAUCGGCAGGGUGCGUGAGGAGGGGAGGGGUGUCAGUGUGUCGAAGUGGGGAAGGAUUCGUGAAGGUGGCCCGUGUGAAGGUGCCGGACACUUCAAAAGCACGUGCCAACAUGAGCUUGAACUUGAAGGAGUGCAAGGAGGAAUGCCUGAGGGAUUGCUCUUGCACAGCUUAUGCUAGUGCCAGUGAGAGCCUGGGAGGUUCCGGGUGCCUCACGUGGCACGGCAAUUUAGUCGAUACAAGAACAUUUGCAGAUUCGGGUCAAGAUUUAUACAUAUGGGUCGAUGCCAUUGAGUUAGGAAUCAAGUUUGAGCUUUUGCAUCGCAUAAACUGUAUAUUGUUUGAGAUCAGCUUGGUGAUAUCUGGUUUCAAGUUGAGCUCGUUACAGGAAAACAAGAUCCCUCAGCCAAAAGGCAACGGCUGCGAUAAUUCUGGUUUCAAUUUUUACAGCUCUACUGCUCGCCAGCCCUUCUUGUACCUCCUGGUGAUCAAGAAGAGAAAGGAUCACAGAAGCCAUAAUCCACUGGUGAGUGAUAUGAGGACAAAUUCAACAUAUCUCGACGGCCCUCAGACCAUAAAAGACCGCGAUGAUGGACCCAGAGGAAACAGAGAUGUGCCGCUCUUUGACUUAAGCACCAUAGCUUCGGCAACAAACAAUUUCUCCGUCCUCAAUAAGCUUGGUCAAGGCGGUUUUGGAUCAGUAUACAAGGGCAUUAUGGACAAUGGAUUGGAAAUAGCUGUCAAAAGACUAUCGAAACUUUCAGGACAAGGAACUGAAGAAUUUAAAAACGAAGUCCAGUUGAUUGGGAAGCUCCAACAUCGGAACCUGGCGAGAAUACUAGGCUGCUGCGUCGAAGAAGACGAGAAAAUGCUAAUUUAUGAAUAUUUGCCGAACAAAAGCUUGGAUGCCUUCCUUUUCGACAAAACGAGAAGAUCGUUGCUGGAUUGGAGAAAACGGUUGGAAAUCGCAUCUGGGUUGGCUCGAGGACUCUUGUACUUGCACCAAGAUUCGAGGCUGAGGAUCAUCCACCGAGACUUAAAGGCCAGCAAUGUCCUACUGGAUGAAGAAAUGAAUCCAAAGAUAUCAGAUUUUGGUAUGGCUAGGAUAUGUGGCGGGGACCAAAUCCAAGGAAACACAAAUCGUGUAGUUGGAACAUACGGGUACAUGUCGCCAGAGUACGCAAUGGAAGGUAUAUUUUCGAUAAAAUCCGAUGUCUAUAGUUUUGGAGUUUUGCUGUUGGAGAUCAUAAGUGGCAAAAGGAACAGUGCAUAUUACCAUGAAAAUCCAUCUUCCAAUUUGGUAAGCCAUGUAAGUACUGGAACUCUUAAAUAAGUA